AUGCAGGCUCCGGUGGUGGUGAUGAACACCAAUGCCGGUGAUCGCCAAGUUGGUCGCCGAGCACAGCUGUCCAACAUUACUGCUGCUAAGACUGUGGCCGACAUCAUUCGGUCAUGUCUCGGUCCCAAGGCCAUGUUGAAGAUGCUUCUCGACCCAAUGGGUGGUAUUGUUCUCACCAACGACGGUCACGCUAUUCUGCGUGAAAUCGAGGUCUCCCAUCCCGCAGCCAAGAGCAUGAUCGAGCUCAGCCGUACCCAGGACGAGGAGGUCGGUGAUGGUACUACAUCCGUCAUCAUCUUGGCUGGUGAGAUGCUUGCUCAGUCUCUCCCUCAACUUGAACGUAACAUUCACCCCGUCGUCAUUAUCUCCGCCUUCAAGCGCGCCCUCGCCGAUGCCCUCCAGAUCAUCGAAGAGGUUUCCGUACCCGUCGAUAUCACUGAUGAUAAGGCUAUGGCCUCUCUUAUCCAGUCUUCCAUUGGUACCAAGUUCGUUUCUCGGUGGUCCGAUCUCAUGUGCAACCUGGCAUUGACCGCCGUGCGAACGGUUUCCUUUGAUGUGGGUGGUGGAAAGCAGGAGGUGGAUAUCAAGCGUUACGCUCGUAUUGAGAAGAUCCCUGGUGGUCAAAUCGAAGACUCCGAGGUCAUUGAUGGUGUCAUGGUCAACAAGGAUAUCACCCACCCCAAGAUGCGGAGGAGAAUUGAGAACCCCCGUAUUCUUUUGCUCGACUGCCCUCUCGAGUACAAGAAGGGAGAGUCUCAGACAAACAUUGAGGUCUCAAAGGAAGAUGACUGGAACCGUAUUCUGCAGAUUGAGGAGGAGCAGGUCAAGCACAUGUGCGACGCCAUCGUGGCGUUCAAGCCCGAUAUUGUCAUCACCGAGAAGGGUGUUUCUGACCUUGCACAGCACUUCUUCAUGAAGGCCAACAUUACUGCCCUCCGCCGUGUCCGUAAGACCGACAACAACCGUAUCGCCCGUGCCACCGGAGCUACCAUUGUCAACCGUGUCGACGACAUCCAAGAGUCCGACAUCGGUACCCGCUGCGGACUGUUCGAGAUUGAGAAGAUUGGUGACGAAUACUUCACAUUUAUGCGCAAGUGCCAGUCCCCCAAGGCCUGUACCAUUCUGCUGCGCGGUCCUUCCAAGGAUAUCCUGAACGAGAUCGAGCGUAACCUCCACGACGCUAUGGGCGUUGCCCGUAACGUCAUCUUCCACCCUCGUCUGUCCCCCGGUGGUGGUGCUAUUGAGAUGGCUGUCUCUGUCAAGCUCAGCCAAUUGGCUCGCUCCAUCGAGGGCGUGCAGCAGUGGCCUUACAAGGCUGUUGCUGAUGCCAUGGAGGUUAUUCCUCGCACACUCGCUCAGAACGCUGGUGCUAGCCCCAUUCGUGUUUUGACCCGCCUGCGUGCCAAGCACGUUGAGGGCCACAACUCUUGGGGUCUGGAUGGCGAGACUGGUAACCUGGUCGAUAUGAAGGAGUACGGUGUUUGGGAGCCUGAGGCUGUUAAGCUCCAGAGUAUUAAGACUGCUGUCGAGUCCGCAUGCUUGCUUCUUCGUGUCGACGAUAUCUGCAGUGGUAAGUCGGCUCAACAAGCCGGCGGCGUUGGUGGUGGCGAGGAGUAA